UGAGGGAGUUCUUUAAAGAUGGCCGGAGCGGCGGCGGCGACGACGACGGCAACAACGACCGCGGCGGCGACCACCACCGCCGCGACCAGCGCGACCCCCGUGUAUUGUGUGUGCCGGGAGCCUUACGAUGUGAGCCGCUUCAUGAUCGAGUGCGACAUCUGCAAGGACUGGUUCCACGGCAGUUGUGUCAGAGUAGAAGAGCAUCAUGCUGUUGACAUUGACCUGUACCACUGUCCCAACUGUGCAGUUCUUCAUGGACCCUCUUUAAUGAAGAAGAGAAGGAACUGGCACAGACAUGACUAUACAGAAUAUGAUGAUGGUUCAAAGCCAGUUCAAGCUGGAACACGAAUGUUUGUUAAACAGCUACGUGCCCGUUCAUUCCCAAGUGCUGAUGAAAUCAUUUUGAAAAUGCAUGGCAGCCAGUUGACACAAAGAUACCUGGAGAAACAUGGGUUUGAUGUUCCCAUUAUGAUUCCUAAAUUAGAUGGCUUAGGUCUCAGACUUCCACCCUCUACUUUUUCUGUUCUGGAUGUGGAACGAUAUGUAGGUGGCGAUAAAGUGAUAGAUGUUAUUGAUGUGGCAAGACAAGCAGACAGUAAAAUGAAGCUCCAUAAUUAUGUUAAGUAUUUCACAAACUCUGACAGACCAAAAGUAUUAAAUGUGAUCAGCCUUGAAUUCUCAGACACAAAGAUGUCUGAAUUAGUGGAAGUCCCUGAAAUUGCCAGAAAACUUUCAUGGGUGGAAAACUACUGGCCAGAUGAUUCAGUCUUUCCUAAGCCUUUUGUUCAAAAGUACUGCUUAAUGGGAGUUCAAGACAGCUACACUGAUUUUCAUAUUGAUUUUGGGGGCACUUCGGUCUGGUAUCAUGUUCUCUGGGGUGAGAAGAUCUUCUACUUGAUCAAACCUACAGAUGAAAAUCUUGCCAUUUAUGAAUCCUGGAGUUCAUCUGUCACCCAGAGUGAAGUGUAUUUUGGAGACAAAGUUGACAAGUGUUACAAAUGUGUUGUGAAGCAAGGACAUACCUUAUUUGUUCCAACAGGCUGGAUUCAUGCUGUGCUCACUUCUCAGGACUGUAUGGCUUUUGGAGGGAACUUUUUGCACAACCUUAAUAUUGGCAUGCAGCUCAGGUGUUAUGAAAUGGAGAAAAGGCUAAAAACCCCAGAUCUUUUCAAAUUCCCUUUCUUUGAAGCCAUCUGUUGGUUUGUGGCCAAAAACUUACUGGAAACAUUGAAAGAGCUGAGAGAAGAUGGUUUUCAGCCCCAGACAUUCUUAGUACAAGGAGUGAAAGCUUUACUUACUGCUUUAAAGUUAUGGAUGAAAAAAGAUCUUGUAACAGAACAUGCUUUUGAAAUUCCGGACAACAUUAGGCCUGGACAGCUCAUUAAAGAACUUUCUAAAGUGAUUCGUUCUGUAGAGGAGGAGAACAGCAAACCAGUUAAAACUCAGGGAAUUAGUGUGUGCCAAGUUUCGCGGUCAUCAAAUGAAUCGGCCUCCACUCAUCAUUCCAGACGAAAAGCAAGGAAGCUACGAGACCAUGCCAUCAAAACUCCUUCUAAUUUGGACAUCCUGGAGCUCCACACAAAGGAAGUUCUCAAAAGGCUAGAGAUGUCCCCAUGGGAAGAGGACACAGCAAAUUAUAAAUUAAAUGGAAGGUUUAACAAGCCUCUUCAGCCAUCUUCCACUGUACCUGAAUGGAGAACGAAGGACAAUGAUUUACGGCUUUUGCUGUCAAAUGGAAGAAUAAUUAGGUUAUUUUGUGACAGAGAUGAGAGGCAUCCCUUUAGAGAUCCAAGUCUUUACACCGCGGACAGUGAAGAUGAGGAUGACAGGCCUGAGUCAGAGAAGGAAAGAACUGUUAAGACAGAAGAUCAGAACUCCCAGGAAGCAGAUGGCAAUGCAGAUACACAGAAACCACUGAACAUGUUCUUUGAAAGUGUGAAAUCAGAACUCAGGAAUGGAAACUCAGAAUACUCUGAUAUUUCUGAUUCAGAAGAAUCUGAGCCUGAUUGCACUAACCAGCAAAAAGAUUCCUCCCUGGAGGAGUCAGAAAGCUCAGGUGAUGAGAAACAGGAAGUAACUUCAAAUUUUAAAGAGGAAUCUAAAGUAACUAAUGACCUCUUUCAAACUACAAAGAAGCCAUCUAGACAUGAAAUUGCAAAUAAAAGGGAAUGUCCUACCUCGACAAGUACGGAGGAAGAAGCUAUUCAGGGCAUGCUUUCUAUGGCAGGAUUGCACUAUACCACUUGUUUACCAGGUCAUACACAGAGCACAGACUGCACUAAUAGAAGAAGCUCUCUUCAGGAACACAGAAACUACCCCAAAAGUAGGCAUAAAGACAAGAUGUCUUCCCAGAGUCAUAAAACAGAAUGCGGUAAGCACAUAAAAGAAGGAAAAGAUGCAGGCGCUUCAGCAUUCGCUACACCAUUACAUGCAGUUUCUAAAGUAAAUCCUCAGGAUACAAGCAAAACUCAAAAAUACAUUAAGAAGGAAGGGGCAUCCGAGGCCAGUUACAGAAUUCAAGAAAACAGGAGUCACUUACAAAAUAAUGGCUUGAACUUCCCACAUGGCAAAUGUUUGCAGGACUGUAGCUUGAUUGAAGGGGAGUGUAGGCUAAGUGAUGGCAGCCUGAGCCCUGACAGGCCAUAUGGUGAAACGUCGUUGUCUGUACCUCUUCAUCCAACCAAGAGGCCAGCAUCAAAUCCACCCCCUAUCAGCAACCAGGCAACAAAAGGCAAGCGUCCAAAGAAAGGAAUGGCAACUGCCAAACAACGUCUUGGGAAGAUACUAAAGCUGAACCGAAACGGCCAUGCACGCUUCUUUGUUUGAUGCAGUAGCUGCUUCCACUGCUGCUGUCCUUUUAUACACAGACCAGUAUUGAGGGUAACAGUGCCUGGAGCUCCUGUUUUAUUCAUCUGCUUGAAGCAGAAUGCAUGUACCUUAUUAGAACACUGCCUGAUGAACAAAAACCCAAUGCUGCAUUUUCACUGUGCCACACCUGCUCAGCAAUAACCAUUUGUGAAACGGGAAUAUUCAGAGAAACUAUGGAUUGGGAGAUGGUCUUUUUUCAGGGCUCAAUCAUUUUGUUGUUUCUGGUAGUGUGAGUUAAUUCAUGAACAGAAGAGUGUGAUGAAGGUGGUUCUCAAUAAUUUAUUUGACUGAUUUGGGGCAACUAUUGAAUUCAUUUUUAAACUAUUUAUUUGGAAAGCAUUUUUGUGGGAAUUAUGUUUUUAAUUUUAGCUGUUAAGAAUGUGAAGGUUUUUAUUUGUCCUUAAUGUCUGUCUGUCUGUUUGUCUGUCUGUUUUUCUGCAGUGGAGAACCACAUCAAUGAUUUAUUCUGGAUUCAAGCAUUUAAUUUACAAGUUAUAGUCUUAAACAUGGAUGUGAUGCAUUAAGUUAAAGCACAUGAAAUCACAUGUUAAUUUCUGUUCUUUAUUCUAAGGUCAUGGAUAGCUCUUCCACCGACUUCUAAAGUACAUAUUCUCUGCCGGUUUAAAUAACUUUUCUCUCUUCUCUCAUCCCUGCUCUUGCCUCUUCUGUCUCUCGUAUUUCACUGUAUUUAUUCUGGACUAUAAAUUGGUGUAACAUUAGCAACAGCUCUUGCACAUAUAUGUGCUCCCUCCCAACUUACUUGUUUCCAUGUCAUGGAGAAUGAUCCGUGCAAAGCAUGGGUAGCAGUACACCAAGGAUAGCACUACAGCAAUUGAUUUAAGUGUCGACACUUAAAUUAAUUUUGUGGAGAAAGGCUAUUAUGGUGGCAGAAUUUUGCUUGAUUGUCUACACAUGCCAGCCAAUUAAAGGUCUUAAGUCAUUUUUGUAUAUAUGUAAAUGUGUUUGAUAGCUUGCUAAAUCUCAGAAUGACUAUUUUGUGUCAUGCUUUGCAAAGAUCUGGUAGUAAAUGCCAAUUCUAAAAUGCAUGUAAAUAACUUAGAUGAUAAAUUUGUAUUUUUGUAAUAUAAAAUGGAAUAUUUAAGCUCUUUUUGGAGGAAAAGGGGGAGGCACCUAUACUACUACUUUGGUAAGAGGGCUAUUCAAUACUAAAGCAGGAAUACUAGGGAUAAUGCUUUGGUGUUUGUUUUUUUCCUGUUGAUCAAGAGUUAAAGCAUGGCCAAAGCUACUCAGUUGCUUGACUUCAAUAAAAACUUCCCAGCCUUCAGGUUAUAUUAAAAUAAAAUAUCUAAAAGUCCAAAAAUAGGACUUUUGUUUGCUUAAACCGUUUUAUAUAUUCAGUAUUUGCUGCAUCUAUGUAUGUGUAUCUGUAUUAAACUAUACAUUACGUCCUUGUCACAUAUCAGAAUAGUCAGGCUUUCUUGGCUAACUGCAGUUAGAAAGACUUGGACAAAUUUCUCAGUGGAAGCAUUUCAAGGCUGCAGUUCUGAACAGAGUUGUUACUUAAGCCAAUUUAACUGAAUAGAACUUAACAGUGUAUAACUGUGUGCAGAAUGGCAGCCAAAAACAUCAAGGUAGAAAUCGUAAUUUGGAAAUAAGCCCCAUUGAAAUCAAUGGGGAUGACUUCUAAGUAAAUAUGAUUCAGAUUGGAGUGUAAAUGGGUAAAAAUCCAUCAGAUAACAUGUCCUCGGUUUUGAAAAUUAAUAUAGUUUUUCUUCAUCUUCAUUUCUUCUUGGAGAACAUUUUUUUCUCAGCGCAUGUGUGUCCCAAUUAUUUAGGUAGGACAAAAUUGGAGAACCUGCAUGUUCUCAGCAUUAUAAGUAGAGCUGAUUCCAGAGAGAAUGCCAUACUAAUUUUAGGAACAACUGUGAUUAAUUAGUAAACCUUGAGCAACACACUUCUUACUAUUGAUUAAAGAAAAUGAUUCUUUCAGCAGUCAAUGUAGCUUUUAACUGAGCUGAAGUAUAUUUAACCAGAAAUAUUAAUUUGCAUUGUGUGUUCUCAGUGCCAUUAUAAAUUAAGAUUUGUGAUCCUUUUGACAUAGGCAGAAAAACAGUUCUAAAGUUCCCGUUUUUGAAGCUUUGGUUCAAUUCUAAUUUUAGUAAGCCAUAUGUUUUAAGGAAGUUACUUGUUUGCUUAAAAACACACAUACCAGAGGAAUAAAACUUCUUAAACGCAGAACACAAUUCAAUCAAUGAUAAAUAUAUUAGACCAAUGAAAUCUCUCUUGCCUAGACCAUAGUAGUUAAGAGGUCUAAUAAUUGAUAUAGUUGCUCUAAGUAAAAUAUUUAGGUAUGACCUUAUUGGGGGACAGAUGGUGAUGGUGGAGAAGGAGGGAAAUGUUAAUGGUUGUUUCCACUUACUUUUCUUAUUCUCUUCCCCCCCCUCUGCCCCCUCACCUCAUGGCUCUUCAUUGUUGUGAGCAUACAAACAUCUCUUCAUAGUCUACCAAAAGAAACACACUUUAAAAAAAGAUUUUUCUGGCUUUCCAUGUCUCAGAUUCAGAUUGAGGCAAUUAUCUUUCUAACACCAAUUCAAUAAGGCUUUGACUGAAAUAUGGCUUUGGAUUUGGCUCUAAGAUUUAUUAUGAGAAACAAAUCAAAUUUAUUUUGUGCAUUUCAAAAUAUGUUUCUCUGAAAAGUGGCAACAAUUAUUUUGGUAGUUUAUUGCGCAGUCUUGUUUGUAUGCUAGUAACUACCUUGGUAGAAAUCCCUGUUGCCCCAGACUUUUCAUAUGUAGUUUAUUGUCUGAAUUUGAUGCAGUAUCCCAGUCUUAGUUACUUCACUUCCUGGAGGGAGAGGAAGUAGUGCUUUAGCAAUACUUGGCAGAAAGUUACUGUAUCCUCAGUGGAACCACGCUGUUUUUAAAUCAUUGGAACAAGAAUUUCAGCUAUAGGCUAGAAUUACUAUAGACCAGUUCUCUCCUGAACAGGCAGAGUGAGAAGGUAAUACAAAAUUAAGUGUUGGGUUUUGCUGAAGAGAGCUAAUGGAAAAUAGGGUAUCAGUGUAGCAGUUUUAACAGCAAAAACUCCAGCAGCAUUUCUCUGUCCUUCUAAAGUACUUAUUAAUAAACCCAGGCUACAAAGUAGUCUCAAAUAACCUCUGUGGUACAUUACCUAUGCAAUCAGGAACACUGACAUACGAUCAUUCUCAAACCAUUUCAGGAGGGUGGAACAAGAAGACCUGCCUUUCCAGCCACAAUUUUGUCAUAGCUGAAGUGCUUAUAUUAAUGUUCUUCAGGAUAAGAGCACAGUGUCAUGAUCACAUUAAAGAAACUUUAGUUCACCUAAGCUUUUAACAUGCCACAGACUGCCUUCAUUCACCAAGAGGUGUAGUCAUUAAACUUCGUAAGCUUUGUAAGACUCAAAACAACCCUAGCCUGACAGUUUUGCUAACUCUGUAACUGGUAACUUGGAGGAAACUGAGGAGACCCAAUCCUUGCAUAGUGCCUCUCUUCGCCCACAAUUUCUGUGCCACCAAAAAAAUCAAAAAAUCUCAAGGCAUCAAUUUGUAAUAACUUGCAUCCAUACUUCCAGACCAUUAAAAACUGUUAACAAUCCUGGGCCUAAGUAAAUCCAGGGCAACUUUAUUUUGUGGAAGAAAUAUAAACUGAAUUUAAGGGCCUUACUGUGUGUAGUUUAAACUGGAUUAAAAGUGGCAACAUCUGUUUUUCCCCCCAAAAAGGCAAAGAUCUGUGUACAAAAUGAGUGAAUUGUGCAGUACUGAGUAGGAAAGAGACUAGCACUGAUUAGGGAAUGUAGCUGCUGCUAAAGCUGCAUUUCUGCUUGGGAAAGGACUUGGAUAAAUUUUAAGCCAUAAUAGUUUCUUGCUGUGGGAAGGGAAUGAAAGAAAUCACUUUAAGAGAUUAUAUUAUUAUGAAUUAUCACUUCUGCUGGGAAAAGUUUAACUUUGCCAGUGCUUUGGCAUUUUUUUGGAUAUUCAUUACAUUUGAAAAAAAGGGGAUAGGUCUUGGCUAUAUUUACUAGUUUUGUAGUAGUGUUUUGCUGAUGUGUCUUCCCCCACCACCACCUUUUUCUAAUGUCGGUCUAAUUUCUAACUUUUUUGAAUGUUUGUGAAAUAGCUGUCUUUCUGAAUAGGGAUUUGUGUGUCCUUUGCUCCUUUUUACAGAAACACACUACUGUGUGGAGUGUUUUGGCUGGGAAACACGAUGCUGCAGCUUUAAGAGCAUUUUUUUUCCAAUUUAUAACAGUGUUUCCCAACCCAUUUUUGCCUGCAGGCAGGGAAAGUGUAUGUACAGUAUUUAUUUUGUCUCAAUUUUACUUUGAAAUUUGUAAGUUUCUAUAAGUAGCUUACUGAUUUACUGUUUGGGAGGACAAGUGGCUUGUUUAAAUUUGUAUUUGACCAUAGUUUCCACUUUCUGUACUUUAAAAUGCUGAAAUUAAAAUCUGUAUUACUUAUGUUUUUGAUUUAAGCACUCAAGUGUUUAAUUUCUUCAUGUUUGUUCACUGUGUAAAUAUUGAAUGUGAAACAGAAUGUCUUAUGACAAAUUGCUUAAUUCCACUUCUUCUUCCGAUUGCUGUAACCUUUGUUUCGGUGAUUCCAUUGCUCCUGAUUUUGAGAAAACUUGACCUCAGAAUGUGUUCCCAA